AUGGCAUGGGCAAAGCUCCUUGGCCACACUGGCCCCUGGGAACCAGGUACCAUCUCCAUCCCAGACUGCGCAGCAGUUACGGACACAGGCGGCACCCCAGCACAGAGAUUCCCGUCCUGGCACAGCGUUCUACCCCAGGACACGCAAUCAAUUCAGAGGCACGCGGCUUGCUCCGAGGAUGCAGCCCGGCCCGGGGCACGCGGUCCGUCCCAGGACGCCCCGCCCCAGGACACGGCGGCGGGCGGUGCCGGGGCCGGGCGGGCGGAGCUCCGGGGCCGCGCCCCCGGGAGAGCCGGGCCCGGCGGCGGCGGCGCCGCCGUCAGUGCGGCAGCGGCGGCGGCGGCGGCGGCAGCGCCAUGGCGGAGGCGGCGGAGGGGCCGGCGCGCCGCGGGAAGAGGACGGGAGCGGAGCCCGGGGCCGCGGCGGAGGAGCCGGCGGAGGCGGAGCGGGCCGCGCGGCGGCGGCGGAGGUGGAUGGCGGGGGCCGGGCCGAGGCCGCGAUCGUGUCCGGGACCGGGACGGGGACGGUGAUGGGCAUGGGGUCCGGGACCGGGACCGUGAUGGGGAGGUCGGCGCUGGCCGCGGUGCUGGCGGAGCCCGGCCCUCAUCCACCUCCCGGGGCAGCUUGCAGCCGGCGGCGGACAUCCAGGGAACCACGGUCCUGCACGACACCAUCAGCGACCGCCCGCAACCCCUGCCAGCAAGGUACUUUGACACGAAGACCACGGAGCCCAUCAGCUUCUUCUUGACCGGCCUGGAAGAGCUGCUGGCCUGGCAGCCCAACAGCAACGAUGACUUCAAUGUGUCAGCUGUGCCUCUGGCCAAGCGCCAGCCCCCGCUCCACAGCAGCAGGCCCCGGACACUGGUGUGCCACGACAUGCGUGGCGGGUACUUGGAGGACAGGUUCAUCCAGGGCUCGGCUACACGCAACCCCUAUGUCUUCUACCACUGGCGCUACAUCGACAUCUUUGUCUACUUCAGUCACCACACUGUCACCAUCCCGCCCGUGGUCUGGACCAAUGCAGCGCACCGGAACAGCGUCCCUGUGCUGGGCACAUUCAUCACGGAGUGGACAGACGGGGAGAAGCUGUGCGAGGCGUUCCUGGCCGGCGGGGAGGAGGCGUACGGCGCCGUGGCCGAGCAGCUGGCCCGCAUUGCCCAGCACUACCGCUUCGACGGCUGGCUGAUCAACAUAGAGAACACACUGAGCGCAGCGGCGGUGGGGAACCUGCCCCUCUUCCUGCAGGACCUGACGGCGCGGGUGCACAGUGCCGUGCCGGGUGGGCUGGUGAUCUGGUAUGACAGUGUCCUGAAGGAUGGCACACUGAGGUGGCAGAAUGAGCUGAACAAUGCGAACAGGAUGUUCUUUGAUGCCUGUGACGGGCUGUUCACCAACUACAACUGGAAGGAGGAGCAGCUGGAGCGUACACAGAGGCUGGCUGGUCCACGCCUAAAUGACGUUUAUGUCGGCGUUGAUGUCUUUGGCCGUGGGGAUGUGGUUGGUGCUGGCUUCGACACUUACAAGUCCCUGCGCCUGAUCCGCCAGUAUGGCCUCUCUGCAGCCAUCUUUGCUCCUGGCUGGGUCUAUGAGCACCUGGGGAAGGAGAACUUCCUGCAGAACGAGAACAGGUUCUGGGGCUUGCUGGCAGAGUACCUGCCCACCCACAGCAUUUGCACACUGCCCCUCACCACCUCCUUCAGCCUGGGCAUGGGCACCAGCACAUUUAUGGAUGGGAAGGAUGAAGAGUCUGGACCCUGGUACGACCUGAGCGCACAGGACAUCCAGCCACUGUACCCGGAACACCAGGGCAUGCUGAGCACCAGCUGCUGCCUGCAGGAUGCUUGGUGUGGGGGCAGCUCCCUGCAGCUGCAGGGGACCAUUCCCUCUGGCGAGGAACGCGUGGCUGUCCGCCUCUUCUCUUUGCAGAUGCCGGCCCCCCCCAAGAUCUUCCUGACCAUGCUCUACAAGCUGGAGGGGCCACAGCCUGAUGACUUCACAGUGGCACUGGAGGUCACCACCUGGGACUCAGAGAUGUGCUUUGAGGGCAAUCCUACCUCCCUGCCUGAGCCCAACGGCCGGUACCACCCCCGGUUCCUCCCGGCACCGCCGCCCAGCCUCGCCAAGCUGCUCGCCGCCUGCCACCGUGGCUCCCACGGCUGGACCAGCCGGUGCUAUGAGCUGGAGCUGCAGGACUGCAGCCUGCGAGACCUCUCCCUGAUUGUGUCCCGCCAGCAGCCCAGCCUGCAGGAGACAUCCUUCACCUGCCUCCUCGGGGAGGUCCGGGUGAGUGCCUGCUAUGGCUUGGUGGAGACACCUGCCCUGUGCCCCCCUUGUUCCGGGAAGGUGGGGGCUGCCUGCCCUGACCCUGACAGUGCUGUGGUUCCCUCGCAGGUGCUGGACACGGCCAGUGUGGCGGCCUCCCCACCGCAGGUGCACAGCGUGAUGGCCUCUCAGCUCUGGUGGCAGGAGGGCCCCGAGCCCGAGCAGCUCUCGCUCAGCCUCACCCUGCGCUGGUCCUUCCCGCCUGGCCGUGCCAGAUGGUUCCGUGUCCUGAGCCAGGGCGCCCGGUGCCGCCUGGGCCAGACAGCGCCGCAGGUGCUGGGGCUGGCGCAGGGCUGCCUGUUCCGGGCUGUGGGGCUGUCGGUGCCACAGCCGGCGCCCGGACAGUCCUGCCGGCUGGAGCUGCUGGUGGAGCCGGUUCUGCGGGAUGAGCUGCCUGUGGACCCCGAGCGCUGGGGCCGCCUCGUGCUGGUCUAUUCCGCACCAGGCAGUGGCACCAGUUCAGAUGGGCAUUAAAGCAACUGUGGUGCA